AUUUGGUUUAUAAAAAGGGACCAAAGGCGUGUGUUCUCCACAAUCCUAAUUAUCCACACCGUCACCUUCCAUUAGUUAUCACCACUACCGUUUUAGCUGCCGGAACCCACCAAUUUCUCCUCUUCCAUGGCGACCCCAACAACUGUUGAUAACUUGGACCACCCAAGCAUCAAACAUACCAACUUAGAUGUCGAAAGCCAGCAAACCCAAGAAACCACUGAAGUCAUAUUCGAUUAUGCCAAGCGAGCUCAAUGGCUGAGAGCCGCUCUGUUAGGUGCUAACGACGGCCUCCUUUCCACUGCCUCCCUAAUGAUGGGUGUAGGUGCUGUUCGUCAAGAUGUCAAGACCAUGAUCCUCUCUGGCAUGGCUGGGCUGGUUGCAGGAGCAUGUAGCAUGGCCAUCGGAGAAUUUGUCUCAGUUUACUCUCAGUACGACAUCGAAAUGUCACAAAUCAAAAGAGAGAUCACGAAUGGUUUGAGUACCUAUGAUCUGUUGGAAGACAAGAAAAACGAGUUGCCGAGCCCAACAAAAGCUGCGGUUGCUUCAGCCUCUGCAUUCGCGGUCGGGGCAGCUGUGCCACUUUUGGCAGCUGCGUUUAUAAAUAGUUAUCACGUGAGGUUGGUGGUAGUGGUGCUGGCCGUGAGCAUGGCGCUAGUAGGGUUUGGUGGAUUGAGUGCAGUGCUUGGAAGGGGUCCGAUUGUGAAGUCGACACUUAGGGUAUUGUUUGGAGGGUGGGUGGCGAUGGGUGUCACCUUUGGGUUGACCAAAGCUGUAGGUUCUACUGGUUUGAUUAAUGCUUAAUUCGAGAUAUAUAGUACAUGUUAGUAUUUGGUUGAUUAGUACUUCUCUUCUUAAUUCGAAGUACUAAAUUUGUAAACACAUACAAAAACAGAAUUUUGUUAACUAUUUGAUUAUA